UCUGAAAUUCCACCUCUAACUUCGCAUCAGCAAGAGAGAGAUGCAGAAGAAGUCUGUCGAGUUCAAUCUGUAUUCUCUUUUCCUCCUCUCUCGAGCAUAUCACACCGAAUAGCUUGAAGAAGGCCUAGAAAUCCGAUUUCUCAGUUACAGAUCCGACGUAUACACUCUGUAUGCAUGUUUAUAUAUUUAUAUGCCUUUGAUUUUGAAACACUCGUCACUGCUCGAGUCCCCCAGCAUCUAUUCACUUUCAUCUAUUAGGUCCAUGGAUGGUUGUGAGGCUGAUAUAACAAGCCACCCGAAUGAAGAGGAAAUGGUGCACAUAUCACUGUUGUCAUCUGGUCUGGGCAUUGAUGUGGAGCUGGAGUGCCAAAGUGUAAAAGUUUCAGCUGCUGACUUGAAUGCCAUUGACAUUGAUGGUGAGCAAGUGUGUCAGAGCUCAAAAGGUUCUUCUGUUGAUAAAAAUGGGAUGAACAUGGAUGGAGAACAACAGUGGCAGAGCCCAGAUUUUUCGUCUGUUGACAAAUAUGUGAUUGACGCUGAUGAUAAGCACAAGGGCCACAAUCUAAAAGUCUCCUCUAUGGACAACCCGAGAAUAGAUGUAGAUAGUAAGCAGGAGUGUCAAAGCCUGGACGAUACAUUGGUAGGCACACCAGGUUCUGGUCAUUUUUCUGGAAAAGAUGAAGCUGACAGAUAUGUUGUACCAGAACUUGGCAUGGUGUUUGAAUCAGAAGACCAUGCAUAUGAGUGCUAUAACAGAUAUGCUGCUUUGGAAGGUUUCAGCAUUAGGAAAGAUUUUGUAAAUAAAAGUAGGGUAAAUGGUUUUGUGGUAUCAAGAAGGUACACUUGUUAUAAGCAAGGUUAUCGGUCUACCAAGCAUGACUCGCAUGUGAAGAAGCCUCGAAAGGAUACACGAACAGGUUGCUUGGCACAUAUGACUAUUGCACGUCAGGCUAAUGGUAAGUAUCGUGUCACCCAUUUCGAAACAGAACACAAUCAUGAGUUUGCAACGCCAUUUACAGCCAAUAUGCUACCAUCUCAGAGGAGAAUAACUUUUGCUCAAGCUGUUGAAGCUGAACUAGAUAAUAACUGUGUGAUAGAAGGGGUACCAAAACUUGGAAUGGGGUUUGACUCAGAAGAUCAUGCUUAUGAGUUCUACAAUGCAUAUGCUGGACGAGUAGGUUUUAGUGUUCGCAAGGAUUAUGUUAAUAGGAGUAAGGUUGAUGGUGCUGUGGCAUCUAGAAGGUUCACUUGUUUUAGAGAAGGCUUCCGGCAAAAACAUAAAAGGGAUUUAAAUGUGAAGAGACCUCGAAAGGAAACAAGAAUUGGUUGUUUGGCACAAUUGGUCAUUGCGCGCCAACCUGGUGGUAGAUAUCGUGUCACUCAUUUUGAACAAAAACACAAUCAUGAGCUUGAACCCCCUUGUCGAAUUCGCAUGUUACGAUCGCAAAAGAGGUCAGCUUCAGAAGCCACUGCAACAGAUGAUUCUGGGAUGCAGCCAAAAUCAGCCUCUGAUUUAAUAAGUAAGCCAGUUGGAGAUGGGGAGAGUGUGGGUUAUCGUCCCAUAGAUUAUGAAAGUAAUCUACCAGCAAGGCGCAUGCGAGAUAUGAAACAGGGAGAAUCAGAAAGUAUUCUUCAGUACUUUCAAAACAAGCAAUUAAAAAACCCUUCUUUCUUUUAUGCUGUACAACUUGAUGCUGAAGGUAAAAUGACCAAUGUCUUUUGGUCUGAUGCAAAGAUGCUAGUGGACUACGGUGAUUUUGGUGAUGUGGUUUGCUUUGAUAUGACUUACAAACUAAACAAAGAUUGCCGACCUUUUGCACCAUUCAUUGGAGUGAAUCAUCAUAAGCAGAUGGUGAUCUUUGGUGCAGCACUUUUAUAUGAUGAUACUGUUGAAUCUUUUCGGUGGCUAUUUCGAACAUUUCUUGAGAUGUCUAAAAAGAAGCCAAAGACAAUCCUCACUGACCGAGAUGCUGUAAUGGCUGAAGCAAUCAAUUCAGUAUUACCAGAAGCACACCAUCGAUUAUGUGCAUGGCAUGUGUACCAAAAUGCACUCAAACACCUUAGCCAAGUAAUUGUGGGCUUGGAUUCUUUUUCCAAUGAUUUAAGCAGUUGCAUUUUUAAUCAUGACGAGGAACAAGAUUUUGUUGAUGCAUGGAAAACUAUGCUGGACAUGUAUGGUCUUUGGGAAGAUAAAUGGUUGGAUGACAUAUUCAGAGAAAGAGAGAAAUGGGCUAUACCAUAUGGCAGACAUAUUUUUUGUGCUGACAUAAAAAGUGCACAACUGUCUGAGAGUUUCAAUACUACUAACUUUAGGAAGUAUCUAAAAUCUGACUUAGAUGUUCUUCAGUUUUUCAAGCACUUUGGAAGGUUGGUGAAUGAUUGGCGCUACAAAGAAUUAGAAGCUAACUAUGAUAUGAGCCAGCGCAUGCCAAGACUUAUGGGGGAUGUGAUUCUAUUAAAGCGUGUAAGGGAUGUUUACACCCCAAAGAUUUUUGAAUUGUUUCAGCAAGAAUAUGAAAAUUGUCUCAGUGUUGUUGUUAACCAAUGUACAGAGAAUGUGCCUUUGUUUGAGUACAAAGUCAGCAUCUAUCGGCAAGUGCGAGAGUACACAGUUAUAUUUAACUCAUCCGAAGAUUCAGUUGUCUGCAGCUGUAUGAAGUUUCAGGCUGACGGGGUGUUGUGUAGCCAUGCAUUAAAAGUGCUUGAUUACAGGAACAUAAAAGUGGUUCCAGCUCGAUACAUCUUGAAGAGGUGGACAAAAGAUGCAAGGUGUUACCCUUAAAAGCCUGGUCAGUGCAGAUCAACAAGAAAGCUACCAGCACUUAAUCAAGAAACAACUUGUAUGGUGCAAAUUCCAAGUCCCGAUACAAUAUUAAAGGUGGGCUGUUCUUGAUCCACAGAAGAGCAUUCCCAGUGUGUUUUAUUUGUUCUGCACCGAAAGCUGAUCUUUCAAGAGAAGGUGGUAUGGACUCGCAUCUUAUCUUACUUGGCCGAGCUCGCGAGACGGGGACUGACCUGCUCGCAUCCUUUCUAUAGCGCCACGUUUGAAGAUUCGUUUCCUCUCUCUGCUACUGUAGGGACACUUUCCUUGAGAGCGGGGACUUCUACUUAUGCUGCUGCUCUGUUCUUGAUCCACAGAAGAGCAUUCCCAGUGUGUUUUAUUUGUUCUGCUUUUUCGGAGUUAUCUUAAGCUAUUUGAGUGUGUGUUACCUCUGCCAAACAUGGAAUGUGUUUUUCAAUUGAACUUUGCACAAGAAACGAUCUUGCCCCACCCUUAAAUUAGCAAAAACUUUAGUCUUCCCUGAGGAUCGGUUAGUGUCUUGUUGAUUUUUUAUUAUUUAUUUUUUCAAACUCGUGGCAGACCUUUUAAUUCCCACAACACUGUUCAGAUUCCAUAAGAAAAAUAGGAGUAUGAUGCUUUAUC